GGCCCACUUUUCUCAUCACCUCCUGCUCCGGCGGCCCAUUGUUCUUUGUGGCGGAUCCUCUGCGGACGCUUCCGACCCUCCCACCCACACACCCUUGACUUUACUAUGUCGGCUGAACUACCGAAAAAAAUCAAGCUUCUCCCCGGCGCUGAGGCGAACCUCGCUGCCGCGACAUACCAGAUAUACGACGAGAGUCAUACACUAGGCAAUGCCCUCCGGUGGAUGAUCAUGAAAAACCCGAAUGUGGAAUUCUGCGGCUACAGCGCACCACAUCCCUCGGAAAACGUGAUCAAUGUACGAAUACAGAUGUACGAUAACCUCUCCUCCCUCGACGCCCUUCUUAAAGCCCUCGACGACCUCGACGACGUCUGCAAAACCAUAGACGACGCUUACAAAACCAGCUUGAAGUUGGACAACUACGAGCGAUUCCACGAGGACUCAUAGCCUGUUAUUCGAUGCAUCGCUUCCUCCAUGUAACUUAUCGUCUCUGUUGCACUACAUGUAUAAUUCCCCCACCUGCACGGCGUUCUAGCAAUUCGUUUCGACUGCGUAACCUCAAUACAUAGCGCAAGACGUCGUCGUCUUCGCU